AUGAGGCUGGAGGCCGCAGCCAGGAUGGAUCUGUUCAGGAAGCUGUGGAAGGCGAGGAAGCUGAUCCUCGUGGUGUUCAUCCCGCUGUCCCUGCUGCCCUUACCGCUCAUCCACCCCACCAGCGAGGCAUGCUGUGCGUACGUGUUGAUGGUGACGGCGGUCUACUGGGUGUCCGAGGCGGUUCCUUUGGGUGCUGCUGCUCUGGUGCCAGCCUUCCUCUACCCGCUCUUUGGAGUCCUCAAGUCCAGCGAGGUGGCAGCAGAGUACUGUAAAGACACCACUCUGCUGCUGAUGGGAGUCAUCUGCCUGGCGGCCUCCAUAGAGAAGUGGAACCUGCACAAACGCAUCGCUCUGCGCAUGGUGAUGAUUGCAGGGGCGAAGCCUGGCAUGUUGGUGCUGGGUUUCAUGUGCUGCACAGUGUUUCUGUCCAUGUGGCUCAGCAACACGUCCACCACAGCCAUGGUGAUGCCCAUAGCCGAGGCCGUCCUGCAGCAGCUGAUCUGCACCGGACUGGCCGACAGUCACGAUGACUCAGAGACGGGGGAGGCCCCAGAGGAGGACAAUGGUGUUGCAGGCAAAGAGGAGAACCUGGACAAGAACCAGUUAGAGCUGCUCUAUCGCAAUGACAGCAACACCAACCCCAAACAGGAGCUUUCUACACUCAGUGAGGCACAGACUGGUGAGGUCAAUGGUUUGGGUCUGAGGCCGAUCUCAAAUCAGAAUUUUAUAACGCACACCAACGGACAUCUGCCACAGGUUGCCAUUGAAAUCCCAAAUGUGAAGCGGGUGAAGAUGAGGAGAGACUCCCAGUAUCCCACCAAGAGAGAUCACAUGAUCUGUAAAUGCCUGUCGCUCAGCAUCACCUACGCUGCCACCAUCGGAGGACUCAUCACCAUCACCGGCACGUCCACCAACCUCAUCUUUGCUGAGCAGUUUAACAAUCGUUAUCCGGACGCAAAGGUGAUCAACUUCGGCACAUGGUUCAUCUUCAGCUUCCCCAUCGCCAUCAUCAUGCUGGUCCUCACCUGGCUGUGGCUGCACUUCCUCUUCCUGGGCUGCAACUUCAGGGAAACAUGCUCGCUGAGUAAGAAACGCAAAACCAGAAGGGAGAUGCUGUCAGAGAGGAGGAUCCAUGAGGAGUACGCGAAACUGGGGCCCAUCAGCUAUCCAGAGGUGGUGACUGGUGUUUUCUUCAUCCUGAUGACUCUGCUGUGGUUCACCAGAGAGCCUGGUUUCGUGCCCGGCUGGACGUCUCUCUUUGAAAAGAAGGGCUACAGGACCGAUGCGACGGUGUCUGUCCUUCUGGGCUUCCUGCUCUUCCUCAUCCCUGCCAGGAGACCUUUCUCAUCCUCCUCCUCCUCCUCCAGCUGUAGAAACUCAGACGACGACUCAGAGUCUGACCCUCUUGCUCCCAUGAUCACCUGGAAGGACUUCCAGAGACUGAUGCCGUGGGAGAUCGUCAUCCUGGUGGGAGGAGGCUACGCACUGGCGGCUGGCUGCAAGGUGUCGGGCCUGUCGGUGUGGAUUGGCAGACAGCUGGAGCCUAUGAGUGGUCUUCCUCCCUGGGCAGUCACCCUGCUGGCCUGCCUGCUGGUCUCAGCGGUCACAGAGUUCGCCUCGAACCCGGCAACUCUCACCGUGUUCCUGCCCAUCCUGUCAGCGCUGUCGGAGACGCUGCACAUCAACCCCCUCCACACUUUGAUCCCGUCCACCAUGUGCGUGUCAUUCGGGGUCAUGCUUCCAGUGGGGAACCCCCCCAACGCCAUCGUCUUCAGUUACGGACACGUGCAGAUCAGCGACAUGGUGAAAGCAGGUUUUGGGGUGAACCUGAUCGGUGUGGCAGUGGUGAUGCUGGCCAUCACGACCUGGGGAGUUCCCCUCUUCAGUCUGACAGAGUUCCCUGCCUGGGCGAUGGCCAGGAACGUCACCGGGAGCUUAUAA